AUGAUUCCCUCCGUGGUCCGUUCGAGGAUACCGGUCUUAACCUCCCUUCGUCAUACGGCAAGGACAGUUGUCCUUCACGGCACGGGUGUGCGCAGGAGAGCAUAUUGCGCCCAGUCCAACAAAGAGAGAGACAAUUAUGAGUUUGCAUCGACGACCAACUCAAGUGGAGCUACAACACCCACGAUAAGACCGGACAGCCCUGAAGGGAGCGUCCCUUCGCAAGAUCUGACUAUGAGAAUGCUCCCACCGUUAGAGGUGAGAUCAGGAGUGGACUGGGAUGUUGCUCUGACUGGGGUGAGGUUAUGGGUCAACGCCAAAACUCAAGCAGAGCAAGGAGGCGACCCGGUCGCCCUGCGGAGCAUGCACAUUGAUGCUCUGCGAUAUAUGCACAUGGCUUUGCCGGCAAAUCUGACACCGCUCGAGCUUCAGAAUCUGCGGGCGAGCAUGGGCCCCCAGCUGAUCUCUCCAGCAGAAACCCUCGCAGAGUAUCGUGCUCAACGACCACCCAAUAUUCUCCGCCAGGGUGUUGCCCACGCUGUGUGUUGGCUUGUUGCUGGAUUGCUGCUGGUCCUGCCGGUUAUCAUGACCCUCCUGAACCGACUUCUCCAGUUUGAGCGCGACCAUCAAGUCACUGAACGAGUGCUCGCUAAUGGCAUUGACCUGACUUCGGCUCUUGGUGAGCGGGGUGUAGAGUUACACCAAGCCAUUGUUCGCUUCAAGGAUGGCCGGGUAGGAGGCGCGUGUGUGGAUCUUGGAUCAUGGUUCGUAGAAGGAAUUGUUGGUGGUGUCAACGAUGGCAUCGAUGCCGUGGCCCAGAAUCGAAGGAAAGCCCCUGUCGCCAAAUGUCCUGGCUGA